AUGUCGACCACCGCACCCGUAGAAGCGACGCCAGACAAGGUGGUUAUCACGACUCACGACCAGUAUGACGCACCGGAGUCGAUCUCUCCCUCCACCGUCGCCCCGUCUCCCCUCGACCAGUUCCGGACAUGGUUCACCUCCAUCCAGGGCGUCGUGCGCGAGCCCGAGGCGAUGACCGUCUGCACCGUCUCCGGGUCGGGCGUGCCCUCCGCGCGCGUCGUGCUCCUCAAGCAGCUCGACCCGCGGGGCUUCGUCUUCUACACGAACUACACCUCGCGCAAGUCGCAGGAGAUGCUCGCGAACCCGAACAUCGCGCUCGCGUUCUACUGGAGGGAGGUCCACAAGCAGGUGCGCGUCGUCGGCCGUGUGGAGAAGGUCAACAAGCAGGAGAGCGAAGAGUACUACCGUAGCCGCCCCGUCGGGAGCAGGGUCGGCGCGUGGGCGAGCAGGCAGAGCACGGUCGUUGCGGACGGCGAGGUGCAGGCGAGGUAUGACAAGCUGAAGGAACGAUUUGGGGUGCAGGAGAACGACCCGAGCGCCGAAGUUCCUCUGCCGGAAUUCUGGGGAGGGUGGCGAGUGGUUCCAAAUGAGGUCGAAUUCUGGCUUGGGAAACCUUCGCGACUGCAUGAUCGUGUGCGAUAUCUCCGUGUCGCUGGAUCGUCAGAAGACGCACCAGAGUGGACGGUCGAGAGACUUGCACCGUAA